AGCUCUUCCGGGUCAUGCAGUCGUGUUUACGAAUAAACCGUGCAGCAUUACAUAAUCUCUCUUCGAUGGUGUAAUCAUUCGCUUUAGCCUGUUUUUACAGCUUACUGCGGUACUUUAUACAUGUAUAAUGGGUCCAAACAGGAUCUACAUCAGUGUGGGCUAUGCCACGUUCGGCAUGCUGGUGGGAUUUUCGGCGUUUAUCGUGUGGAAUGUGGUUUAUAAACAGCCAUGGACGGCGGCGACGGGCGGGUUAUCAGGCGUUCUGGCACUCUGGGCAUUGGUCACCCACAUUAUGUACAUUCAGGACUACUGGCGCACAUGGCUGAAAGGACUCAAGUUCUUCAUGUUUGUUAGUUCGGUCUUCUCCCUCCUGGCUGUUGCUGCUUUUGCCACCUUCAUAGCUUUAGCUGUUAUAGAAAAGCAGUCAAUAACUGACCCCAAGAGCUUCUAUCUAUCUGCCGUGUGGAGCUUCAUGACUCUUAAAUGGGCCUUCCUGCUGGGCAUGUACUCCCACCGUUACCACCAGGAGUUCGCUGACAUCAGCAUCCUCAGUGACUUUUGAUUGGCUCCUACAUCUGUAGUAGAUUUGUAGUUGCCAGACGGUGGCUUCACCUGCCAAUGUGGAGAUGGAAGAAAGGAUCGAUCUCUUUUUUAAAACCGUCUUACAGCCUCCUUGCUUUCACAGAAAGACUCAAAUCUCAAUCCUCCUUCCCUCAGAUCCAGGCCUAAUGUCUGUGAUCCGCUUCUUUCCUGUCUUUUUGAGUUAACUUGAGGUUUUACAUUGACAUGUUUCAAAUGAAGUGAGUAUACUAAGAUGUGGCAACUUCCCUCCAAAUGUCAGAUGUGAAAUGAAGGCUGUCCUUCACUGUCAGAAAAAACGUGCAAAAAUUGUAGAUUGUCAUUGGGACAGUAGACCUUGUCUCUACCUCUUUAAUAAGGGUGCAUAUUUGUUCCUGAGAGUGCUGAUGUUAUGCAUUCUUAGGGUAUUACUAUAAACCAUUUUUGGAGAAUGUGGUCCAAAAUGCACACUUUGAAGAGACGAAGUACAAUUUUUGCAAUUUUUCUUCUAAGAGUAUUAAAUGAGGUGUGAUGAAGGAUUUGCACAGCUUUAUCUGGUGGUCUCAGCCAGCGAUGGUGGAAUCGACUGAUUUAAUGUCGCUGUCGUUUUCAGACAUAGUGUUCUUUAUCAUUCGCCAUUGCAAUUGUUAUUGUUAUUUCUUUUUAAAUGUUGUUUAUACUGAGUUCUAUUUAUGAUAGGCUGUGUUUGGAUACUACCAUAAUAGUAAUUCUGCAGUAAGUAAUUUUUUAAAUUUAUUUAUUAAAAAGACGUCUCUUAUGUU